AUGCCUCCGAAAUCGACGCGCGCUAAGCAUGUGGCUGAUGCUCCGGGUGGCGGUGGCGGCCCUGCGAGCAAAACGUCACCAGGCAAGGGCAAAGAAGUCAUUGAUAACCUUCCGUUUGAAGUGGAAGUGACGGCUGGUAGUUCUGGUCUUACCAUUGAAGAAAUGCUUAAGGCGGUGGCGACAGUUUCUUCGGAUGACUCUUUAAUUGAAGAUGACUCCGACGAGGAGCUCAAGAUUGACACGGCUAAGAGCUUUUACCUACAUUUGCGCUUCACGGCGAUUUUGCUUUUCCCGGUCAUCCCUUCUCGUGAGGUUGCUUCGGUGAUCCUGACCGUGAGGAUGCUGAUGAAGCGUGUCUGGGCUAACCUGCUUACGGAUGACGUUCUUGAUACGGUGAAGUUUCAAGAGCUGCUCCCCGCUUUUGUUGCCAAGACACGCUACAGCCGGCUCCAGGUUUCUUUCCUGCAUGAGUCAGACGCGGUUAAGAUCAAGCAGGCGGCAGUGGAACACAAGCGUUCAAAUGACACUACACUUCAUUGUUUCUGGCUGCAUCAGGAAGACGCGGCCUACCUUCGCAAGAAGGCCUCGAGCCCACAGCUGCUGGAAGUUUAUUUCAAGAAUGUCCCUGCUGACAUCCCGCCGGAGCUGGUUAAGGAAGUCAUGGUGCUGCACCCGCUCAGGAUUCUGAAGCAGUCUGCGUUCGCUGAGGGUCACUGCUUCCAUCGCGUCCUUCACCCGGUCACUGGUGCUGACACUCACAAGAUUAAGGGGCUGGUGCCGCAGAUCCUGGUGGCCUUGCCUACUGCCAAGGCUGGUGGGGUUGCCUUGGUCUGGCGAAGACACGGGCUGUCGCUGUAUAACACACUUAUUCACCCGUCAGGGAGACUGAUUGUCGCCGACAUCCGCUGUGACACCUUUCUCAUCACCGCGGUUGCAGUAUACUUCCCAGCGGAUGCUGUGGAGCGCAAGAACUUCAUUCGUAGGGUGCUGGGUCCGGUGUCAAGCUCUCGCAUCGACCGGGCGCUCAUCUCACAAUCGCUGUUGCCACAUGUGGAGUUCGCCUCGCACAUCAUGCCGGUGGAUCCCAUUUCUGACCACUCCUUUGCGGUGAAGGCGGCGUUCAGGGCGAUCACGCGGGUUCAGUCGAGCCUUGGUCUCUGGCGGCUUCCUGCAUACAUGGUGGAGAGACCAGGGGUCAGGAAGGUUAUUAAGGCGGUGGAACGGCGGGCGGCUGCCUGUGGUGACGAUUUCGAGCUGUCAGUAUCGCGACUCAACGCUGGUCUCAGAGCGUACGCGAGAGAGGAAAGGAAAAGGAUCAGGGCUACUAUGAAUCACCUUCAGCAUGAGGUCGCGGCUCUGAAACAGGCGUGGUUGGGUGACCCGGGUUGCGCCCGCUUGAAAGAGCUGUUGGCCGAAAGGGAGUCACAACUUAAAGGAUACCAGUUGGUGCGGCAGGAGAGGUUGCACGUGAUGGCGGGAAUGAAGGAGGAAGUGGCCGGUGAGGUCGCGUCUCCUUUCCUGUCUGCAAAGAUUAAGGCACGGAAGGAGCGCACACAGAUCUCGGAGUUAGACGUCGGGGGGAAGCUGGUUGUGGACAACAAAGAAAUUCUGAGCGCAGCGGCGCAGUACUACAGGGAUCUUUUUGGGGAGGACAGGCGGCGAACGGAGUCCGCUUGGUUUCCAGCCGAGGGUAGGAAGCUGUCGCAAGCAUCAAUAGAAGCUGUGUCUGCCGAUUGGACGGAGAAGGAGGUGAAGCGUGCUUUCCGCUCGAUGGCGAAGGGCAAGGCCCCGGGGAAGGAUGGGUUGCCGAAAGAGCUUUUCGAAGCUCACUGGGACGUUCUGGGCAAGCACUUCAUGCAGCUGGUGAAGGGUUUCGCCACGUUGGCUUCGCUCCCAACCAGCACCAAGGAUGCUGUCACCAUCCUGUUGCACAAGAAGGGGGGGCACAAUCAGUUAGAAAACUAUCAGCCGAUUGCACUGCUAAGCUUUACCUACAAGGUUCUGGCGCGGGUGGUUGCGGACAGAAUGAAAAAGGUGCUGCAUGAAGUGAUUUCCCCAGAGCAAUACGGCUUCUUACCGGGGCGAAGGCUGUCAGACGCUGUGGGUCUGGUUGCGAAUGUCAUUGAGGCAACUAAAAACGAGGUCAAGGACUGGUACCUUCUACUGGUGGACUUCAGGAAGGCCUUUGACUCGCCGUUGGCGCAAGAAGCUGCGAACCGGAAGCUGGGUCUCACCGGGGGGGAUCAGCGGCUGGCGUAUAUGGGGUACGCGGACAACACGACUCUGCUCCUGCAAGGGGAGGAGCAGAUUGCGGAGGUGGAGAAGCUGUUAGAGGCGUUUGAAGCUGACUCUGGCCUAGCUACAAAUAAAGGGAAGUCAUCAAUCUUACCGCUGGGGAAGAACCUGGACAAGCAGCCCUGCAGAACCGACGGAUUCAAAUGGGUGAAGUCGGGCGAAGCAGAGCGGCUGCUAGGGGUGUGGGUAACGCCGGACGGCAACGGGCAGCUGGCGUUGUUGAGGGAGUUGAAGGGGAGCUGGGAUCGUGACAAGCAUCAGUCUGCCAAAAGGGACCUUUGGGCAGACAGAUGGGCAGGGGAAAUCGACUGGAAGAAGGUGAUCAAGAUCCGUGAUUCUCUGGUGACGCCCAACAGGCCACCGGACGUGCUGCUGAGAAUCUACAGUCUCAACUUGCAGGUGGGGGAGAGACUCUCUUUCCUAAGCGGCAAGCCAUUCUGCCCGCACUGUGGGGAGCUUGAAACCCUGGAGCACUGCCUCUUCACCUGCCCGCGCAUUCAGCUCGGGGUGUCGGCUGUAAAGCGCGCCAUGCGCAUGUUGAAUCCAUCCAGGCAAGUGGUGAACUUGGGUGACCUGCUGUUCGGGAAGGCAGCGUCCACCUCAGCUUUCCCGGAGGCAUCUUUCUCCGCCAUUGCGGUGCACCAGACCUGGGCGGAGAGAUGCGAGUGCGUGUUUCGGGGGAGAAAGUUCAGGGCUCGGCGCGUUCUCAGGCGAAUUGAGGCAGCUUUCCGGCUGCAUGUGAAAGUGUACACGCAGACUAAGUCGGACAGGUGCGGCGGUUCGUUGCGACAAAAGAAGGCAUAUGCGUUGGCAGGGCAGGAGGAGGUGAUUCUUGGCCGUAUUCGGUGUCUGGCGGUGAAAGGUUGGAAGUGGACCCGGAAUUUCGGCGCGCUCUGGAAUCUGGCGAGGGGAGCUCUUCAUCCGCCUUAG